UUUUCAUGUUGGUUAGGUAUAAAUAAAGCUAACAAGCAAUAGUAAAUUCACAAAAGUUCAAGUCUUCUUUUGACAAAUAAAACAAAAUUAAAAUGAACAAGUACGUGUUUGUAGCUGUUUUUAUGUGUGCUUUGGCAUUUACCAAUGCCAAACCCAGUCAUGAUAAAGAAGUAGAGACUAACUCAUCGGAAUCUGGUGAAUUAGAAUUUAAGAAAAUAGCUCAACAAAUCAAAGAUCAAUACAACACCUCCUUGUUACUCGACAUUGCCACAAUGGCUGUUGGUGAAGAAGUCCAAAACUGUAUCGAAGCAGUUGAGUUAGGUAAUGACACCUUCUGCCAUAUGAUUCAGGAGAACUUCGUGACAUGCUUCAAACCAGUUGCAGUGGUCAUCAACACUUGUAUGCCUGAAGAAUCCAAGGACCUUCCAUUUAUGAUUGGAAAAAUGAUCCAUGGUGUCAUUGAGCAAGCUUGUCAUUCUACAGUAGAAGAUAUUUUGGAAAUUUUCAACCCAUGCAUCUACGAAAAAGACCCCGAAACUAUACACGCUUGCGAAGAAAUUGACACAGUUGUUGGUGAACACCAAAACAAACUUCCAUCCAAAUCACUUAUUUGCCAAACCUUACCAAAAGUCAAGAACUGUGCCAAAGCUAUGGUUGAUGGAUCUUGUAAAAACCAAGUCACCAAAAACGCAGUGCUGAAAUUCCAUGACGCAAUUGAACACUCAGUUAAAGAAGAUUGUGAUGCCCUUAAUAAAGCUUAA